CCAUGAACAAGUUUCAAAUUAUUGCGCCCGGCAAAGUAAUUCUCCACGGUGAGCAUGCAGUCGUUUAUAAAAAACCUGCUCUGGCAGCCGCUGUCGGACUGUCAACGAAAUUACUAUUCUACCCACAACCAGAGAGUGAUGUCGCCGUUUUUAAUUUGGAGACGCUGAAUUGCACCUUUGAAAUUCAAUUGCAGCAAUUUAAUGAUUUUAUUAAAGGUUUUCGUGAGGAAUAUCCAGAGAAUAAACUGGAUUGUACGGCAAAACUACUUGAAGAUGUACGCGCUGUUAUUGCAAAGCAAUUCGAUGGCUCCACCAGUAACUCUCCAAAACACCAACAAUCUCAAAAAACAUUUUUAUCCAUAUACUACCUAUUGGCUGGCGCAGUACUUGCAGCGCCGAGCGAACUUACUUUAAAAUCUGGAUUCAGAAUUCAUCUUGACACCGAACUGAAUGUUGGAUCUGGUUUAGGAAGUUCUGCAUCAUUCGGCGCCACACUAGCGGCGGCAUUUUUACUUAUCACCGGUCAUUUCGAUGAGAAGUCAUACCUUAAAUUGGAAAAUCGCGCGCUUAUCUCUCAGUGGGCCUAUGAAUCGGAACGUAUUAUGCAUGGUACGCCAUCGGGAGUUGAUAACACUGUGGUAACAUACGGUGGAAUGCUAAAAUUUGUUAAAGGUCAAGGAUUUCAGUCGCUUAACAUACAGCGGCCACUCAAUAUCAUGUUGGUUGAUAGUCGUGUUAAUCGCAGCACCGCAGACAUUGUUGCCAAAGUACGUCACCUGUGGGAAACAUUUCCAAAGGUAAUCGAUUCCAUUUGGGACGCUUGCGAAGAGAUAGUAGCAGAUGCCAUACCAUUGUACGAAAGCUUUGGCAAUGCUAAGGAUGAUAGUGUAAAAUUUGAAAAACUGGAGCGUUUGUUCCAAAUAAACAACGAUCUGCUUAAAGCUAUCGGUGUUACACAUCCAAAAUUGGAGCAGAUAUUUGCCAUCGCUUUUAAGCGUGGUUUCUUCAGCAAGAUAACAGGAGCAGGAGCUGGUGGUUUUGCUGUCGUGCUUUUGCCGGAAAAUUACGAGAGUAACGAAGUUUACUGGAAGUUGAAAGAAGAAUUAGAAUCCGCUGGAUUUGGGGUGCAAGCAACCACAGCUGGCGGCGAAGGUUUACGUAUUAAUGAUUUCGAGGACUAGUUUUUCGAAAUGUUGAAUGAACUAUAAAUAAAUUAAUUAUUUGUCUAUUGCCUACCAAUAAUCAAUAAUUGUCGUGUAAAAACUGAAUAUGUAAAAUAAUUGUGAACAAUAUAAUCAUGUAGAAUAUGUGUAAACAA